AUAAAAUCCCCCUUUCUGAAUCUCUUCUCUCAAAAGUGUAAAAGGAAAAAUAUAAAAACAACAGAGUCUUUGAAACGAUGUCGUGUUCGUCUCCGAUGAGGAAAACCUCGUGCCUUUCACGUAGGUUCUCGAGAUCAUUGAGACUGUCUGCCAGAACGGCGGCGUUAACAACAGUCUCGACCAGGGAGAAUCACCUGGAGUCUUCUUCUACAUCAUCACCGUCUUCGCCGCCGCCGUUGGCGGAGGCUGGAGGGGAUUCAUGGUCGACGUUGCUGCCGGAAUUGUUAGUUGAGAUCAUGGAGCGUGUGGAAGCGAGUGAAGAAAUGUGGCCUGACAGGAAAAACGUGGUUUCGAGCGCUUGCGUAUGUAAGAAGUGGAGAGAAGUUACGAGGGAGAUCGUUAAGGCUUCUUCUCAAAAUAGCGGCAAAAUCACUUUUCCUUCUUGUCUUAAGCAGCCUGGUCCACGGGAGUUUCCUAACCAGUGUAUUAUAAAGCGAAACAAAAAAAACUCAACAUUCUUCCUUUAUCUUGCUCUUUCACCAUCAUUCACCGAGAAGGGGAAGUUUCUAUUGGCAGCACGAAGAUAUCGACAUGGUGCUCAUAUCGAGUAUAUUAUAUCCCUUGAUCCAAAUGAACUAUCUCAAGGCAGUAAUGCCUAUGUCGGGAAGUUAAGUUCGGAUUUUCUAGGUACCAACUUUAAAAUCUAUGAUAGUCAGCCACCGCACAGUGGUGCUAAGCCCUCGAGCAGCAGAGCAAGUCGCAGAUUUGCAAGUAAGCAAAUCUGCCCCCAAGUUCCAGCUGGCAAUUUUGAGGUUGGACAAGUGUCUUACAAGUUCAAUCUGUUGAAAUCGAGAGGUCCUAGGAGGAUGGUUUGUUCAAUACAGUGCCCUUUGCCGGAAGAUAUGGCUGAUGAGAAGUAUUUAGAUGACAUCAAGAUGAAAAUGCCCGAGCAUGCCUCAUCCGGUCAUACAAUUUUGAGGAACAAAGCUCCAAGAUGGCACGAACAUUUACAGUGCUGGUGCUUAAAUUUCCACGGUCGGGUAACUGUAGCAUCCGUGAAAAACUUUCAGCUGGCUGCAACUGUUGAAGAGAGCCAACUGGGAGGGAAAGAAGAGGAGGAAACCGUUCUCCAGUUUGGUAAAGUAGGGGAUGAUACAUUCACCAUGGAUUAUAGGCAGCCCUUAUCGGCUUUUCUCGCUUUUGCCAUCUGCCUUACAAGCUUUGGUACAAAAUUGGCUUGUGAGUGAUUUUACUAUGUUUAUGUACUAUCAUAUACAUAUAUAUGGUAACAAGUUGUGCUACAUGUUUUAAUAUAAUAUUUUUUUUUCUUAAAUGUCACUUGAAAAACGUUUGGAGAGCCUUGGCUUGGUGAGACAAAAUCAAAAUCAUGUACAUGUUUUCUCUUUGUAUCUAAUAACAUUUGCUGAAAUUAUUGGUUUAAAAA